AUAUCUUAAUAAUUAAUGAAUAAACCUUUACGAACUUCACACCCAUUAUUUAAAAUUGCUAAUAAUGCAUUAGUUGAUUUACCAGCUCCAAUUAAUAUUUCAAGAUGAUGAAAUUUUGGAUCAUUAUUAGGAUUAUGUUUAAUUAUUCAAAUUUUAACUGGAUUAUUUUUAGCAAUACAUUAUACCGCUGAUGUAAAUUUAGCUUUUUACAGAGUUAAUCAUAUUUGCCGUGAUGUAAAUUAUGGAUGAUUAUUACGAACUUUACAUGCUAACGGAGCAUCAUUCUUUUUUAUUUGUAUUUAUUUACAUGUAGGACGAGGAAUUUAUUAUGGUUCUUAUUUAUUUACACCUACAUGAUUAAUCGGAGUUAUUAUUUUAUUUUUAGUAAUAGGAACAGCUUUUAUAGGAUAUGUAUUACCUUGAGGACAAAUAUCAUUUUGAGGAGCAACAGUAAUUACUAAUCUAUUAUCUGCUAUUCCUUAUUUAGGAAUAGAUUUAGUUCAAUGAUUAUGAGGAGGAUUUGCAGUAGAUAACGCAACAUUAACUCGAUUUUUUACUUUUCAUUUUAUUUUACCUUUUAUUGUUCUUGCAAUAACAAUAAUUCAUUUAUUAUUCCUUCACCAAACUGGAUCAAAUAAUCCAAUUGGAUUAAAUUCUAAUAUUGAUAAAAUUCCAUUCCAUCCUUAUUUUACAUUUAAGGAUAUUGUUGGAUUUAUUGUAAUAAUUUUUAUUUUAAUUUCAUUAGUAUUGAUUAGACCAAAUUUAUUAGGAGAUCCAGAUAAUUUUAUUCCAGCUAAUCCAUUAGUUACACCUGCACAUAUUCAACCUGAAUGAUAUUUUUUAUUUGCUUAUGCAAUUUUACGAUCUAUUCCUAAUAAAUUAGGAGGAGUAAUUGCAUUAGUUUUAUCUAUUGCAAUUUUAAUAAUUUUACCAUUUUAUAAUCUAAGAAAAUUCCGAGGAAUUCAAUUUUAUCCUAUUAAUCAAAUUUUAUUUUGAAUAAUAGUAGUAACAGUAAUUUUAUUAACUUGAAUUGGAGCUCGGCCUGUAGAAGAACCUUAUGUAUUAAUUGGACAAAUUUUAACAGUUGUAUAUUUUUUAUAUUAUUUAAUUAAUCCUUUAGUAAAUAAAUGAUGAGAUAAUUUAUUAAAUUAAUUA